CUGCUGCGGUCAAAGCUACAGGAGCUGUUUGAGUUUGUGUGUGAAAGGGCAGGAAGCACAGAGAGACCAAUCAGAAUAAGAGCCUGUAGAAAAACUCUUGUCAUGUCUAUGUUAAACACAACUUCUCCUUUUUCUGCAAAGUAAAACUGUUUGAUUAUCUGUGGAUCAGAGUGCAGCAGGCUGGAUGUGACGAUGGGGCACUCUUUGCUCUGCAUGAUGGGCUUUUUCUUGCUCAGUACUGUCAUCUGUGGAAAUGCUGAAGCUCCUCCUAAGCCCACUGUGACCCUGCAGCCAUCCUGGACUCAGAUAUACAGCGGUGAGACAGUCACUGUCAGAUGUGAGAUUCAGGGAGGUGAAGGAGCUCAGUGGACAUAUGAAUGGAGUCCAGCCAAGUUAAACACACCUCCAACAUCCAAUGAAUACACAAUCAUCAGCGCUACUGAGUCUGACAGUGGAGUAUACAGCUGCCGGGGUAGAAGAAGCUUUUCCUGGACAGAGUGGAGUGACAUCAUCACACUGAAUGUAAAACCUCCUCCUAAGCCCACUGUGUUCCUGCAGCCAUCCUGGACUCAGAUAUACAGCGGUGUGAUAUACAGAGGUGAGACAGUCACUGUCAGAUGUGAGAUUCAUGGAGGUGAAGGAGCUCAGUGGACGUAUGAAUGGAGACGAGGCCAGUCAAGCAUACGUGAAACAUCCAGUGAAUACACAAUCAGCAGAGCUACUUGGUCUGACAGAGGAGGAUACAGCUGCCGGGGUAGACGAGGUUCUUUCUGGACAGUGUGGAGUGACAUCAUCACAAUGACUAUAUUAUCUCCUCCUAAGCCCACUGUGACCCUGCAGCCAUCCAGGACUCAGAUAAACAUCGGUGAGACAGUCACUGUCAGAUGUGUGAUUCAAGGAGGUGAAAGAGCUCCGUGGACGUAUGAAUGGAGACGAGGCCAGAAAAACAUACAUGAAACAUCCAGUGAAUACAGAAUCAGCAGACUUACUGAGUCUCAUGGUGGAGGAUACAGCUGUCGGGCCACAAGAAGUUCUUCCUGGACAGAGUGGAGUGACAUCACCACAUUGAGAGUAACAGUUCCCGUUAAGCCCACUGUGACCCUGCAGCCACCUUGGCCUCAGAUAUACAGCG